GGUUUCACACUCUGAGCUCCACCGGACGCUCUGUACCGUUGAGCCGACAAUGCACUGGAUUCCCGUUAACUUCUAUGUAUUUAUCAUAUGCACAACAACAUUUGUUGGAUGUGACACCUGGUCUAAUCAGCUUCCUGAAGUAGAGAGAUAUGAAAUUGUGAAACCUCGCAAGCUGGAUUGUCCUGAGAAAAGGGCGCUCUCCUCCUCAGAGAUUGUCUAUCCAGAAAAGGUCUCAUAUUCUCUAAAUCUGGAAGGAAAUGAAACCAUUGUGCACUUGGAAAAGAACAAGGGUCUGCUGGGCAAAUGGUACUCUGAAACACGAUACACUGAAAAUGGAACUGAGGUGACAGAGACACCUCAGCUCAAGGAUCACUGCUAUUACCAUGGCAUCAUUGAUGGAGUUAAUGACUCUUCUGUCAGUAUGAGCACCUGCUCUGGACUCAGGGGGGUUCUCAUGGCUGGGGCUCGGGUCUACUUAAUUGAACCACUGGAAGGAGCUGAAGCUGGAGAACAUGCCUUGUACAGAGAGGAGCACCUAAGGGUUAAGCGGGGAACAUGUGGUACAUCGAACUAUACAAUUUAUGACAAUGAGCCCAAGGUCGCAGCAAUUUAUCAAACUUUUGGCCAGAGACUGCCACAGGAUUUCAGAAAUACCAAAUAUGUGGAACUUUACCUAGUUGUCGACAACGCCGAGUAUCAAAAAUAUGACAGAGAUUUCCUGAAAGUACGAAAACGCAUGAUUGAAAUUGUGAAUCACGUGGAUCAACUGUAUAGAACAUUAAAUGCUCGUAUUGCAUUAGUGGGCUUAGAAGUAUGGAGUCAGUCAGACAAAUUUACUGUCAGCACAAAUCCAGAUGUCACCCUUGAUAGGUUCCUCAUAUGGCGUGAGAAUUUAAAGAAGAAGCAUGACAAUGCACAGUUUGUCACAGGAAAGAACUUUGAUGGAUCAACAGUUGGAUUGGCAACAAAACAUUCCAUGUGUGGCUAUCAUUCAGCUGGAGUAAAUGAGGACCACAGUAAGAAUGCAAUAGGACUGGCAUCGACCAUUGCACAUGAGAUGGGUCACAAUUUUGGCAUGUUGCAUGAUGAGGAUCAUGGUUUGAGAUGUAAAUGUUACAAAUCAAAGCAGGAAGGCGGCUGUGUCAUGGAUGGGCAAACUGGGACCAUUUUUCCUAAAGUCUUCAGCAGUUGCAGUUCAGAGGACAUGAAGAACUUCUUGAUAUCGAGGAGACCCAAUUGUCUGCUGAAUGCCCCCGGAGUAGAUAGACUGUAUGAAAGCCCAGCCUGCGGGAACCGCUUCCUUGAUCCUGGGGAGCAAUGUGAUUGUGGCACUGCAGAGGAAUGCACAAAUCCAUGCUGCAACUUCACAACCUGCAGGUUCAAUGAUGGGAUGGAGUGUUCUGAUGGGGAAUGUUGCCAAAACUGCAAGAUCAAACCCCUGGGCCAGCUUUGCAGGGCUGCACGUCAUGACUGUGAUCUGAAUGAAUACUGCGACGGCGUGAACACCCAAUGCCCGGAAGACGUCUUCAGGAUGAAUGGUUUUCCUUGCAAGAAUGGGGAAGGCUACUGCUACAAGGGACGGUGUCCUACCCAUAAGCAGCACUGUGUUGAUCUGUGGGGAAAAGGUACAAUGGUAGCAGAAGAUGUCUGCUUUGAACUUAACAGGAAUGGAAACGCGCACUUCCAUUGCAGAAAGACUGCACGUGGGUUUGUGGCAUGCCAGGAAAAGGAUAUGAAAUGCGGUAAGAUGCAUUGCACUGGAGGGAGUCAGAAAAUGAAUUUGAGAAGGUUCACUCAAUGGUUAAACAAUCGCAAGAGUUGUGUUGUAGCAGAAAUUAUGCUGCAGAGCAAGGAAACAACUGAUGUAAGCCUGGUGCCAAUGGGAACAAAGUGCGGAGAUGAGAUGGUUUGCUACAACAGCCAAUGUCAGAGUCUCCUGUUAUACGGAUCGCCAAAUUGUUCAGCAAAAUGCCACAACCGAGGGGUUUGUAACCACAAGGCGGAAUGUCAUUGUGAUCCAGGCUGGGCACCACCUUACUGUGACACACAAACAAAAUACUCAACAUCAGGAGGAAUCUCUGCCUUGGUCAUUGUCGUUUCAGUCAUCUUGCCAUUAAUCAUUUUGGCUAUUCUAAUAACCAUAGCACUAUUGUACUACAAGAAAUCCCAGAAACAAGAAUACAUAAAGAAAACGCAAAUGAAACCCAGUUUGUCAUCUGGUCUGUCAAACCCCUUGUUUGCUGAAGGAAAAGACAGGACCAAUUUUAAAGUAGCUUAUGCUUCCAAUAGGAACCCAAAUGUGAAACACUCAAUGACAACAGUUCCAAAGCCGUUCGUAUUUACUGAAAUCCCAGCCGUGAAUCCUAGCCGUCAAGCACCAAAGCCUCCAUCCUCUCCUGAAACAUUUAUUGCAACUGAUGCAGCAAAACCUCUGCAGAUUGUGAAGCCAAGUGCACCGCCUCCUCCACCCCCUUCUUCUAAGCCCAUCACAUACCAGGCUGUAGCAGAACGUGUGCCACCGGCCAGGCCCCCUCCUCCCCCGACAAAGCCAUUGCCCCAUCUAAAGGAGAAGCAGGUAGUAAAGCCUAAUGCCAUUCCAGUCCCUGCUGUCAAACCAGUCUUUCCAACAGCUCCCGCCAAGCAACCACAGGUUGGUUUCAGGCCAAAAGUUGCACUAAUGCCACCCAUUCAGCGGAGAUGAACAGGAAAUAUCAGAAGAAAUGCCAAUUCUCUUACAGAAGCUUAUCUGUGGGACCUGCUUGAUGACAUUGCUCUUUACUGUCAUGUCAAAAAGAUACUGUAUUUUUUUAAGAAAGGCUGCUUUCCUGCCGAAUGAAUUUACAAAAUUAAAUAACAGAGGGCAAGAAUGUGAAACAUAAUAUCCGGGGUGAAAUAAUACACCAAACUCUGUAGCAAAAACAGAAAUCUCUCCAGCAAAGUAUUUGCUGUAAGGUACUAUUUUAAGGAAAACUUUUUUCUUGAUUUUUACAUCAAUUUUAAAAAAAAGGAAGAUUUUGCUGCAGAGUGGGGAAAAAAAGCACAAUUUGUCGUGCAGCAAAACAAAGUAUUGAGUUACAUUUGUCUGGCUUUACUUGAAUCUUAAGGGAAGACUUGUCAUGUGCACUAAGCUUGAGCGUAUUUAAGGAGCUCUGUUUUAAAGAUCUUCUGUCUUAGAAUUUUUGUAACAUAGCUGGUUUGGUUCGUACCAUUCAGAUGCGAUCGAUACAGAGCAAUUCAGAAACAUUCCAUUUAAUGUAGCUGAUGAAACAAGUCAUGUUAUGUGUCCAGUCAGUACCAGUGCAAACCAGAGCCACCUCAGUGUCUCGCAUGAGUGUCGAUUCUGAUGCAAGCUGCAUAAAUCUGCUCUGCAGCUAUUGCACGAUCGGGAUUACCCUCCCAUGCAUCUUUUCUUCCAUAUUACAAUUACAGCCUGCCUCAUGACGUUGACUCCUAUUGUCUCUGUCUUACCAUUUAAUUUAAAAACAAAAGUAUUGCAAAUUAAUUAACUUUUCAAGCAAGCAUCAAACAGAACACAAUUGCAGAUAAAGAACAAUAUUGCAAAUCUUGCUCAGUGUGCUCAUGUGUGGAUUUCGCCCACUAAACAGUCAGCCACUUUACAGUAUAUCCUGUAAAGUAGUUUGAGAUGUCUCAAUGACAUGAUAAGGUGCUAUGUCAAAUGCAAGGAUUAUUAUUAUAUUAUUUGAUUUGCUGGACCUGGAAUAUAGCUCCAAAAAAGCUUCCUGUGGCAAACAAGCACGUUCUGAUCGACAGAUUCAGCAAAUGCAUUGGAUUUCAUUACUCUAUUUUUAUUCAUAGCAACGUGUGCCUUAGCACAAAAGUGCUUGAUGUGAACAAAGAUUCCAAUAGAAUGUAUUUAUAACUCUGUACAGCGCACACCGGUAGUAGACUUGUAUGCAAAGAAUGUAUGUUGUUUUUUUUACACGUAUUUACUGUUGGAAGGUGUAGGGUAAAUAAUUGAAGUGUAAUAUUAGUUGAAUCCAAUUUCAUCUAUUUUAGGUUGGCUCUUAGACUUAAACAAGUGGGUUUUCAAAUCAUCUAAUGUCUGACUAAAGGGAAAUAAUACAUUUCAGUGGGCGAUGCAAAAGAAAACAUUGAAGUUGUGUAUGAAUUGGAUAUUUUGUUCAGUUUUCAAUAGUGAAGUGUAAUACUUUUGUGGGCCAUUAAUCAAUGUCAAUUUCUGUCUUAACCUCAGGUUCCUUGCUAGUUUUUUUUAAAAAGCAUGGAAAGCUUAAAACCCUGGUUUGAAAAUACACAGUACUUUAAAAAGAAACAUUGCUCUCAUGUUGGUUUCUCUGCUGAGAAAAAUAUCUAUUUAUUCUUAUCAAAGCUAAGGGAAAGCAAAUGAAAGCUGCUGGGAUUGUGCAUAGCUUUGGGAGAAACUCUGGAACAGAAACUCAAUAGACAUUUUUUAAACAGAAAGCCUUACUUGAAUGUAAAAAAAUCGUCCCCAUAGCAGGGCAUUUAAACAUCCCAAUUCAUAGAAAUGAAUUGAUUGCACAGAAUGAAUGUUUGUCUUUUUUUACACUUAUAGAUUUAUUUUUCACUUAUUGAUCAGUACCGAUAGACAGUUUGAUCAUGUUAAAGUUUAAAUCACAGGUUUUUAUUCAGAUGGUUGAAUUGUGAUGUUGAUUAUCUUAAGUUUGUUUCCAGUAACUGAUUUGAUUUGAAAUCACAAAUACUUUGUUGAACUCCAGGAGCCUUCUUCUUAAAUUGUAUCCUUUUUCAGCUGGACUGAAUGAGUAUUUGUCAGUCUGGAACACUGAAGUCUGAAAUGGGAUUUAUUUUCCAUAGUAAAUAAAUUCUUGUACUUUAUCUGAA